AUGGCGAUCGCGGCGGUGAGAGACGCCGCAGUGGCUCGCCCCGCCGUAACGCUCGCACGAAGAAAUGCCCGUUCAUCUUCCGCUUCAUCUCGGCGCUUCUCCGGUGGCAGACGGCCGCCGGGGCUGUUCGCUUCCUCGCUCGCACCUUCUCCUCGCUCGGGCAGAUCUCCAUGUUCUGCUGCGGCUUCGGAUGGGAGGAGAAUGCCCUCCUCUCCGUCCGGCGAAUAUCCCGCCGAACUUCGUGAUCUCCAUGUCCGCCGCAUGGUGGAGGCCUUCGAUCCCGGCGUCCCCUUGCCACAGGCUUUCACCCCCCCCAGCUCCUGGUAUCGCGAUCCCUCUUUCCAUAACCUAGAGUUCGAACGCGUCUUCCUACGAGGGUGGCAGGCUGUAGGUAAUUCCGAGAUCUCCAGGAACGCUUUCCCUGUCUGCGCUGUGCGUGAUCCUCGGGGCUAAUUUAUACAGAGUCGGCGUCUGUGAACCGAUGAGUUUGGCUAAGCUUUUUUGACUGAAACCCAUUUAUCGAGCUUUGUCCGCCUGCAAUUACUUGUCUUUUCCCCGGAGUCGAUUCGUUUGAGUGAGACUCUUGAGCUUUCCUCAUCGAUUUCAUUCGAAGCUGCUGCAACUGCCUGCUGCUUCUGUGGCUUUCGCAACAGACGGCGGAAAUCCCGUAGUCUGAUGCCUCCGUUGCUUUUCCAUUGUCGGCGCUCCAGGGUACGUCGAGCAGAUCCAGAAUCCGCACGAGUAUUUCACUGGAAGGUAAUAUCUCUUGUUGGCACCCCCAAGUGCUCAUCCGACUUCAUCUCCACUGUCCACCUUCCUCUACAUAAGCGCCUGAAAGUUAUAAAAGUUGCGUCUUUUCUCUUCUCUUCUCUUCACGUGGGAGAGAUUUCAGCUCUUCUCCGAUCGAUUAGCUCGUGAUCACCUCUUCUCUGGCUGGUCGGCUUCGCCGUCUAAUCUUGAACAGAUUACAUAGUGUUCAGCCGCAGUAGGAUCUAAUCGGCUUUCUUACAUACCAGACUGGGAGAUGUGCACUUCGUGGUGUGUCGGGAUGCGGAAGGGCGCCUCCGUGCCUUCCACAACGUCUGCCGCCAUCACGCUUCUCUGCUCGCUCGAGGCACCGGACGGAAGCUGUGUUUCGUCUGCCCUUACCAUGUGAGCCCCCUGCGCUCAAAAUCCUAUCCGAGCAAUCGUAACCCUGAGGCUCGCCUCACAUGCCGACCCCUAACUUGCUAGAUAUUACCUGGUGUGGGCAUUUCUCAGUAGUCUUGGUGUACGCUUGAUAGACUGAUAAUCUCCAUGUAGGGGUGGACCUACGGACUGGACGGAGCGCUGCUCAAGGCCACGCGAGUCAGUGGGAUCCAAAACUUCAGCGUGGACGUAUGGAGUAGCACUUCAUGAGCUCUCACCUAAGCCAUCAUUCGCUUCUCCUUGCUCCCUUCCGUGAGGAAUACAUACCGCCGAUCGUCUUCUGUGAUGGUGACAGGACUUUGGUCUUAUUCCGUUGAAUGUUGCUACGUGGGGGCCGUUCGUACUGGUCAACAUGGACGAAGACAGCCCGGCUCAGGUGGAAGCUGAAUGGCUAGGAAGCUGCUCGGAGAUACUCAGGAGUGGGCUCGACUCCUCGCUGAAGCACGUCUGCCGACGGGAGUAUGCCAUUGAAUGUAACUGGAAGGUUGGCCCCCUCAUGAGCUCAAUCCAACCCCGUGCUUUGUAGUUCAUCAUGGCGUGAUUUUUACGUCCCUCCGUCCGUCUGAGGCAAGGUCUUCUGCGACAACUACUUAGACGGGGGCUACCACGUUCCUUACGCGCAUGCGGGUCUCGCGUCUGGCCUCGACCUCGACUCCUACACGACCAGCGUAACUCUUUCUUCUGCUGCUGCCGGAUCUUGUUUCGUAGAUUAUUCUUCAGAGGAUCGUCCUGCUCGAUGCAAAGCCGUCAUCCUUCCAGUUUGAUGCAAAGCGUCUCCGAGAUAACCGAUUCGCUUCCGAUUCGUCUGCAGGUUUUUGAGAGGGUAAGCAUACAAGAAUCCAGAAUCGCCUCGACGGGGGGGGAUGAUCUCGGCCGGCUAGGUUCCAAGGCGCUGUACGCAUUUGUGUACCCCAACUUCAUGAUCAACAGGUGACCCGCGGCUCACCGAGGUUGCUGUCGAUCGCCGCGCGUUGGCGUCACCUUGGUGUUCUGAUGUUCUUCGCGAUCGUAGGUACGGCCCCUGGAUGGACACCAAUCUCGUCGUGCCGGAGGGCGCUCGUAGAUGCCGGGUGAUCUUCGACUACUUUCUCGACGCCGCGCUGAAGGUGAUCGCUGCACCUCCCAGUAGUACUUGCUCUUGGGGAUCUUUGGGGGGGUGGGUGGGCAUAUUUAUGCUCGAUGUGGCGCAGUUCUUGAUCGGGUGGUUGUGGGCUUCCGCAGGAUGACGACGCCUUCAUCGAAAAGAGCUUGGAAGAGAGCGAGACGGUGCAGGUGAGGGAGCAGCAAACCCAUGACAUCUCCAGGUUUAGGGUUCCCAUUGGGAGAUCUGAGCGGAGAGAGUGGUCGUUUUUUGGUGCAGAUGGAGGACGUUGAUCUGUGCGAAGGAGUCCAGAAGGGCCUAGAGUCUCCGGCUUACUGCAGCGGCAGAUACGCCCCGGGUGUUGAGCAAGCCAUGCAUCAUUUCCACUGCCUUCUCCACGAGAGCCUCACCAGACCGUAG